UUUCAUUUGUGUUGUGAUUUCCGUUCGGACCGCUGCAGUACACCGCUCGCGCGCUCCGUGUUAUAACUCUUGUAUUUACAUGUUACCCUGAGAGACAAUCGGUUAAUUUUCGUUCGUCGACGUUUUACGUUCGUAUUAUGGACGAUAAAACGUCCCUGAAGGAACUAGAUCAAUGGAUUGAGCAGCUGAACGAGUGCAAACAGUUGACCGAGAGCCAAGUGAAGUUCCUGUGUGACAAGGCAAAAGAAAUAUUGACAAAAGAGUCCAAUGUACAAGAAGUAAAAUGUCCGGUCACAGUAUGUGGAGAUGUACAUGGACAGUUCCACGACUUAAUGGAACUAUUCCGGAUAGGUGGAAAAUCUCCAGACACAAAUUACCUGUUCAUGGGUGAUUAUGUCGAUCGUGGCUAUUAUUCUGUUGAAACCGUUACAUUAUUGGUUGCAUUAAAGGUACGAUAUCGAGAAAGAAUAACAAUUUUACGAGGUAAUCAUGAGAGCCGACAAAUUACUCAAGUGUAUGGAUUCUACGACGAGUGCUUGCGAAAAUAUGGCAAUGCAAACGUGUGGAAAUUCUUCACUGACCUGUUUGAUUAUCUCCCAUUGACCGCUCUUGUUGAUGAACAGAUAUUCUGUCUACAUGGCGGGUUGUCACCUUCCAUUGACACCUUAGAUCAUAUUAGAGCAUUAGAUCGUAUGCAAGAAGUCCCACAUGAGGGCCCUAUGUGUGAUUUAUUAUGGUCAGACCCCGACGAUCGAAUCGGUUGGGGUAUAUCACCUAGAGGGGCCGGGUAUACCUUUGGUCAAGACAUUUCAGAAACAUUCAAUCAUUCAAAUGGUUUAACACUUGUUUCCAGAGCUCAUCAACUUGUAAUGGAAGGUUACAACUGGUGUCACGAUCGCAACGUAGUCACUAUAUUUUCAGCACCUAAUUAUUGUUAUCGGUGUGGCAACCAAGCUGCUAUAAUGGAACUAGAUGAUGGCUUAAAAUACUCCUUUUUGCAAUUCGAUCCAGCACCGAGACGCGGUGAACCACAUGUCACCCGUAGGACACCAGAUUAUUUCUUAUAAGUUAACAACACCAAUCGUAAUGGGUAUUAACCCAUUUUCGGUAUGAUUAAAUAAUACAUAUUUAUAUAAUUAUCCAUAAUAAUAUAAAUAUACAUUAUCUAAAUAUAUAUAUAUAUAUAUGUUUAUGGCCAAGUCUUAUCUAAUUAAUACAAUUUUAAUGAUAAUGAAAAAAAAAAUGUAGAGCAAAAGUGGAACUGUGUGUGUUUUGUUCUUUUUUUUUUACUACUGGCAUUUUUAUUAUUUUUAUUUAUACUUUCAACCAAAUGGACAGGAUAUUUAGAAAAUAUAUUUGAAAAAAAAAUAGAGAAAAAUAAUUAUUUCAGUAAUAAAUUAUAUAAUUGUUUUUUUAUGCUAUUUUGCAUUUUUGACAUUAUUUAAGAAAAUCUAUUAUCUGUAUUCCUAACAAAUUAUCUUCUAAAAUAAUUUAAAAUACUUAUAUUCUAAUCUAAUAUCAAAAGAAAAAAAUUAUAUGUACAUGUACGUAUACGUGUAGUUUUUAAUAUGAUUUUAAUCAUCUAUCCUAUUUAAUAAUAUUAGAAAAACCGAAAAUAAAUAGAAAAAGGUCCAUUUUAAAUCAUUGAAAUACAUUUUCAAAUGUGUAACUGUAUUCUUGCACAUAGAUUAGCUAUUGUGUUGUACAUUUUUUUAACUAUAUAUAACACAUUGUGUAAGUGUAGAUUUAAAAAAAAUAUGAGUUGUUAAGUAAGCCAGGUUUUAUCUGUUAUAUAUAUAUACAUAUUAUUUUAUAUUAUUAUUAUUUUUAUUUUGUCUAUGUAAGCAAUAAAUUCGGAUUUAACACUGGAUUAUAAUUGUGACAUACUCCUUUAACUAAAUCAAAUCUUUUAUAUAUUAUAAAUAUAUAAAUGUUGUUUUUAAUUUAUUAAUUUUUUUUAAUUAACCUAUUUAAUUUGUUAUAACCAUUGCUAAAUCCGAAAUAAGUUGGCAUAUUGAUACAGCUUUAAAUUGGUUGUCAGUAUUUUUUUUAUUUUGACUUAAUAUGUUCCCUGUCAUAAAAAUAAUUUACUUGUUCACCACGUCUUCAAUUUGUAUAUUUAAAAAUUCUUAAAUUAAACAAAAUUAAUUUUA